GAUGGUUUUGAUUGGUUCGGUCAUUGCAUGGAUACCAGGCAACAAACGCGGACUACGUCGAGCGGACAGUCUGACAAACUAGCCACUGCAUCCGAUAGAAAUGGCAGCGGUGGUUCUGUACGGCCGUCGGAGAGGAUCCAGUAAGAAUGUGUCAGCAGAUGAAGCCAUUAGAGCUACGCAGCCACCAGACCUCCGACAUGUUACUGUCUUAGGUCAGGCUGAAUGGCUGAGGAUUCAGGAUGAACUGAGUGGGGUUAAUAAAGAAGAGAAAAGAAUAAGAGAGGCAGCUAAACAGAGAGAAAACCUGCACCUUCAGUCACAGGAGGUGGUGAAACUCUGGCCUGAUACCAUCCAUGGUCAAAAGCUGAAAAAGUUGGAGGAGAAGAAGAUUCGAGAGCAAAUUGAGGAGGAGCAAAUGAGACUGGCUGAUUUAGAAGAAGCCAAAUACAAGGAGCAAAAGCGGAAGGAGAUUAUUGAAAAAGCCAAGACGCAGCUCUAUUAUCAAACCGACAGAGUCAAAGGACUACAUAGUGCACUACUGCUGACAGAGGUGCUGAAGGAGAGGGACGCUCAAAUUGAACUUAAACAAAGAAGAAAGAGUGCCAGUAAAGAUGUGGACAAAGAAUUUCUGGAUAUGGUAAAGACCAGAGAGGGUGAAGCCUUGAAACAGGAACAGGAGAUGGCACUGCAGAGAAAGCUUGUGAGACAGGUCGCUGCAGAAGACCUGAGAAACCAAAUAAAGGAAAAUGAGCUGCUGAGAGAGCAACAAAAGCUGGAGAACCAGAAGGAUGGAGAGGAAAUCCAGCGUCUCCAAGCACUCCAUCAGCUGGAGCAAAGGACGGAGGCAGAAAGACAAGCAAAUCAGAAGAGAGACCUUAUGCAAGCUCACCUGGAGCAUAUUGCCAACAGAGACCUCAUAAGAGCCACAGAUGCUAAGAGACAGGAGGCCGAAGAGGAGCAAAGGAAACUGUUUCUCCUUGCCAAACAAAAAAUCAUGAAAUUACGCAAAGAAAAUGAAAAUAAGUUGCUUAGAGAGGCCCAGACACACAGAGACAUUAUCAGAAACAAACUGACGGUCACACAGCAGCAGCAAGCUGUCAAUGAGGAGCAGAGGAUCGCCAAGGCUGUCUCAGAGAGGGAGGCAAAACAGGCGCAACAGCAAGUGGAGGAGGAGGAGAAGAAAGCUGCAAUGUUGAAGUCAAUCAGUGUGCACAGAGAGCUAAUGAGACAAGAGAAGGAACAGAGGGACAAAAUAGCCAAGCAGAAGGCCCAAGAAGCACUGCAGGCCCAGCGAGAGGCUCACAGAAUAUUUUCUGAGAAGCAGCAACUAAAAGUUAAGAGAAUCAGAGAAGAAAAAAAAGAGGUGCAAGACUUCAAUGCUGUGAAAAUGGCUGAAAAAAGUGUCAGGCUUCAGCAGCUGAGAGAAGAGGAACGUGAGUUUGAAGCUAAGAAGGCAGAAGUCAUCGCUGAAGAGGAAUACCGCUUCCAGCAGUAUUCACAGCAAAUUAUCAACGCAGCAGCGGAGACUCAGCGAAACGUGUUUCCACUUUGCAAAGCUGUGAGGGAAGGGAUCGGAAGUGGGUCCGAUCCUGUCUUUAGUGGAGUCAGACUGAGCUAUCUUGUUCAGGACCGUACUGGAGCUCAGAUGCCCAAAUAUGUGUCAGCAGCCACCCAGAACAUUAAAAAGCUUCACACAGCUGUAGAUAUUCAGGAUGCCAAGAGAAGGCUUGGAUUCACAUGGUGAUAGGUUAGAUCCAGCUGGCGAGGAUUGGGUGCAGUAAUGGACCCCAUUCCAGAAAGCAGGUUUAGUGAAAACUGUGAGUUUGUUAACUGUGAGAUGAGGGAAACUCGGGGUGUUCUGUCCCUGAAAGAGGGUUAAUUGUAUAUACAGUAUUUAAAACAUACUGUUGUGAGUAGAAAUCUACAUACACUCAUCAUAGGCAUGAAGGUCACGGUAAUUUGGGGGCUUUUAAUAAUUUUUUUAACUUCUUUUUCCAGGAAUGAUUGUAUAGCAUACAUCUUUAAUGACUUAAAAAAAAAAAAAAUACAAGAAUUGGGCACACAAGUUUGAAGGUUUUACAGUGUCCUUUAACUUGACAAGGCUGAGGCCUAUUAACUUCUUGUUAGUGAUCAUGAUUCACUACAACUG